AUGGUUGUUGGCGAAGAACAAACCACGAAAAUCGCCCAAAAACAAACGAUGGACGUCGAACAAUCUAUAGAUGUUACACAAACAGAUAGUAUGCCAAAUGUAGAUAAUAAUGCAAACAAAGAAAAUCAGGAAAACACUAAAGGGAAACCGAAAAGCGCUAAGGAAAAGCUCAAAGCAGAUUUGGAACAAAUGAAAGAAAAGUUUUCAAAGUUGUUAUUAGGAGAAGACAUGUCAGGUGGAGGGAAGGGUGUUUCAUCUGCCUUGGCUCUUUCAAAUGCCAUUACAAAUCUUGCUGCUUCUGUGUUUGGAGAACAACAUAAGCUAGCUCCAAUGAAAGAAGACUCGAAAAAGAGGUGGAGAAAAGAAGUAGAUUGGCUUUUAUCCGUGACUGAUCAUAUCGUUGAGUUUGUUCCCGUCCAACACACGGCCAGAGAUGGAUCAAAUAUGGAGAUUAUGGUGACAAAACAAAGAAAAGAUUUGCUCAUGAACGUUCCGGCACUAAGGAAGCUUGACAAGAUGCUCACCGAUUGUCUAGACAAUUUCAAGGAUCAAAAAGAAUUUUGGUAUGUGUCUAAAGAUGCAAAUGAAUCUGAAAAAGGAGUCCAAAGAAGUGAUAAGUGGUGGCUACCAACAGUGAAGGUUCCUCCUGGAGGCCUCUCUGAAGAAUCAAGAAAAUGGAUGCAAAAACAAAAAGAUUGUGCAAAUCAAGUUCUGAAAGCUUCCAUGGCCAUCAAUGCAGAAGUACUUGCAGAAAUGGAGAUUCCUGAUAGUUACAUUGACAACCUCCCAAAGAAUAGCAGGGAUACCCUCGGAGAGGUAGCCUACAAGAGCAUUACAGUCGAGUUUUUUGACCCUGGGCAAUUCCUAGCUUCAACAGACUUAUCAUCAGAGCACAAAAUACUAGACAUAAAAAAUAAGAUUGAAGCUUCAAUGAUCAUUUGGAAGAGAAAAAUGCUUCAAAAGGAGUCGAGAGCUUCAUGGAAUUCAUCUGCGAAGAUGGAGAGAAGAGAACUUUUUGAAGAGAGAGCCGAGACUAUUUUACUUCUCCUCAAACAACGGUUUCCUGGACUUCCUCAAUCGCUACUAGACAUCAGCAAAAUUGAGUCCAACAGAGAUGUUGGUCUUGCGGUUUUGGAAAGCUAUUCAAGAGUAUUAGAGAGCUUGGCAAACACAGUAAUGAACCGUAUAGAGGAUGUACUUUACGCAGACGAUAUGGCACAAUCAGAUGAUCAAGACAACACAGGAUCUGGUCAAACUCCCAAAGGAACACCUGCAACAUCCACUACAAUAUCAGAUUUCAUGGGGUGGGAAGCUGACCAAGAAGAAGACACAUAGAUAUAUAAGGAUGGCUUCUAUCUAAGUAACAAAUGACAUAUAUAACGCGAUCGACGAUAAGGUUAUAUGACCAAGUCUAUUAGCAUUCUGCCCACACAAUCGUUUAAUUACAAACUAAGAAGCUCAAAAGGAUCAUCAUUAACAAGUUUAGAGUUGUUGGUACAGACAACAUAGAAACAAGGAAAGAAGACAAUGAUCAUAAAUUCAUUAGAAGUUUGCCCUUG